UAAAAAGAGGGGCGCGGGGGAAAAAGUAGAGAGAAGCUCUGGACUCAUUCUCCCUCCUUUACCCCGCGCCCGCAACUUCCCCGGCAGCCGUCAGGCACAUGGGCGCCGGCCGACGCCUCUAGGAGCGGAGCGGAUCGGCCGCACGCACCCACCCACCCACCUGACGCCCGGCCGGCACCCCUCAGCUCGGCUCAGCUCAGCUCAGCACCGCGCCUGCCGCCGAGCGAGACUGCCCUCCAAGGAUUCCUGGUCUCUGUGCAUGUGAGGUGUGAAGGUGGGCAGCACCCCUAAGCCAUCACCAUGGAUUUUGUUAUGAAACAAGCUCUAGGAGGGGCUACCAAAGACAUGGGGAAGAUGCUGGGUGGGGAUGAGGAAAAAGACCCAGAUGCUGCCAAGAAAGAAGAGGAACGACAGGAAGCCCUCAGGCAAGAGGAGGAAGAGAGGAAAGCCAAAUAUGCCAAGAUGGAGGCUGAAAGAGAAGUUAUGAGACAAGGGAUUCGAGACAAGUAUGGGAUAAAGAAGAAGGAAGAAAGGGAAGCAGAGGCCCAGGCUGCACUGGAAGCUAAUGCUGAAGGGAGUCUGACACGCCCAAAGAAGGCGAUCCCUCCUGGCUGUGGGGAUGAAGAGGAGGAAGAAGAAGAGAGCAUUCUAGACACAGUCAUCAAAUACUUACCAGGGCCCCUGCAGGACAUGUUCAAGAAGUAAUAGCUGCAGACUGUUAGAUGGGCAUAAACAGUACUGCAAAGGAUUUCUCUUUUGCCCAAUGGGGAUUUUCAAUCUUGCCAUCCAUCACGCACCCCUUCCCACCUCUGCCCUCUGUUGCUCACUGGGAGUCCCUUCGCUGCCCAUUCCUUUCUGACUGCCUCUUUCCCUUCCCGCCACCCCAAGACUUACCCAUUCCUGUUUUGUACAUAGUCACUUCCAGUAGAUGCCUCUGAAUGGAUAUAAAGAUUAAAAAGCUGCAGACUACACAAUUUUUAUUAUAAGCCAUAGUAUUAUGUAUGUUAAAUAAGGCAACUGUACAGUACGCAUAGAAAAGGAACAACCUCACAUGCAUUUCCACCCAAAGCAGGAAGGAGUGUUCACUAAGUGUGAACAGUGGCCUCUUUAAUUUUUUUUAGUUCUCUUUUUAUUAUCAUUGAUAAGAAUUAUUAGUCAUUAUUAUUAAUAUUCUUGUUGAUUGGCUCACACUAGCCAUUUGUUGUUAAACACAUCUGCCCUUGGAAGGGAUAUCUCAGUUCUCCCAUGGAAGCAGAGCUUUUCUGUUUUAAUUCCAUCACUGUCAUAAACAAGAGAUCAUUUGGAAGGUAAAUCCUGCAUGACUUACACAGCUGACAUCACUCAGAAGUGUGGAAGAAGUGAGUCAUCUGCCCUCAGAUGCUGGUAGAAUUUAAAUGCCUCAGAAUCUAAGCAAGAGUCAUGUUACUUUGGGAAUUAGCCAUACACUUAACUUGAAAGAGCAGAUUUGGUAAGACAUUUGCCAUACAGACAGCUGAAACCACAAGAGAGUGCAUGGUGCUCUGGUAGAGGACCUCCCCAACCCCUCUGAAGCCAAUGACCAAGUACACAGGCUGCUCUGAUUAACUAACCUUCCUCUUUCUGCCCAGUGCCAUAUUUAGUUGUCCCAUUCCCAACAGUGCUUGGAGGAUGGACAUCUUUUUUCCAGUAUCAUUGCAACUGUGUCCUGCCCACCCCUUCCUGCAGUGUGUGCAAGGGUGUGGUGGCCUGAAUGUUAGCCAUUGCCCCAGAGAUCUAGAAAUCCCAAGUAUGCCUGCUAUGUAUCAUGCUAUAUUACUGUGUUGCCUCGGGGAGGUCACUUAUUUUUCUGCCCCACCCAGCUUCUCCAGCUGUAAAAUACAUGUUUUGGUCUCUACCUACUAUAAAGGCAUAAAGUGAGAAUACUUCUCCAGUGCUAUGCAGGAGCUAACUAAUAAUGUAACAGUGUGUGGCAUCCCUUGAUGCUAGUAGGGUGGGAGGAAAUCUCUCUCGCUGUUAUCUUUGUUGCCUUUUCCAGACACAGACACAGAGGACUUCUCAAUACAGCACUGUAGGUAUUCAGUAAAUGCGUAAGAUAAGCCAAAAUUCUACUUGCUAGUACAUACAGAGACUCAUAUACAUAGACAUUUUGAACACAGACAUCUGAAGAGCUGAUUCUGGAUUUUUUGCAUUUGGCUAGGUCUGUGUAGUCGCUGCUGUGAGACCGUCAUGCCAUUUCAGUCUCACAAUCCUGUAAGAGAAUCAGGGUUUGCCUGGCAGAACUAGCAUUGCUUGUACCUGUCAUGGGAACAAAAGUUUCCUAAGUACAUGGAAAAGAUUUGGAAGCAAAUAUGCACUUUCUACUGACAACAAAAGGGAAAGCAAUCUGAGCCACUUCAUAAUGUACCUAAAUUAAGCAUUUUACUUCAAUGGAACUUCUUUGACACACUUGUUUAGUGGAACUGAGUUUAGGCACAUAUUUCAGUACUUUCCUGAAUAGGAAAUUUUAAAAGAUAUUUAUCAUCUUUUCAGGUAAGCAGAAGAAAUGUGCACCAUGGUUAAGGUAGUGAACUUGUGAACUCUGUGCCUUUUAGCAGUGUCUCUCAUAACAGGGGGAAAAUAUUAUGAAAGAGAACAAGUAUAUUUAUUUUGCCCCUGCUCACCCAAUUUUUAUUCAGGUAUGCUAGCUCUUGUUUCUUCACGAAUAACUUCAACCAUAAGUUUCUACCAAAUCCAAGGUGGAGACUGAGGAAGUUUGACUGAUCUACAAGUCAGAACCAACUGAUAAAGAUGCCACUUAUUCAGGCUGGACUUCCAAACAAGACAUGUUCAUUCAAAUACAAGCUGCCAUGGCUUCCAGAGGAAAGAAAAGGCAGGUUUUACUCUUCCGGAUAGUCAGUGGUUUUUUGCCCUAACUUUCAUUUAAAGGAAGAUGAGUGUCUCCCCCCUAAGACUUCAAUGAUCCACUCUUUAUCUCUGAAUCAAUGCUUGGGUAUAACAUAGCAGUGUUGAGCAAUUUAUCAUUUUCUAGGGAGAGUGUCCUACUCACCCCAUGCAAAUUCAGCGACUAGUAAUUUGAGCCUAUUUAAGUAAACCUCAAAGAAGUGAAAACUCUCCUUCUGUCACAAAGGCAACAGCUGGUUUUGAUGCUCUGCCACAGAGGGAACUAAAUCCAACACCCCUGAAAGCUAAAAGGCAGAGACUGGCUCUUUGCUUCAGCCACUCAUUGAUAGUGAAAUCUAGCCCAGAUCCCACUGACACACCGACAUCAAUACUUUUCAAAUACUCUGACUAAUCUUUGUGACUUGCGUCCUCUAAUACAUAAAUAGAACCAGCAGAAAUGUGCCCCUGCUAAAAGGAACACAUCCGUUCAUAUUUUCACUCAGCCUUGUGCUGUAGAACUCUGCAAACAAACAAAGAAAGAGGAUGAGCUCAUGCCACUUUGCUUUGGCCUUCCUCUACCACUUGCUUGUUGACUUUUCCCUAGCCCCCAUCAUGGACUCACUUCCUCAUCCAGCCAAAUACUCUUCCUAACACAAAAUCAGAAUUUUCUGCCUAGUGUCCUCCUUGUAGAAUGGUACUGCCAAUUACUUACUUGUUUGUUUUCACAGUCUCCCUGGCAGCUUGAUGUGCAUGUGUGUGCACAUGUGAAAGAUGACGAAAAGGGAGAAAAAAGGGAUAAGAGAGAGAAGGGAAGAGUAUUUGGCAUUAUUUUUUCUAGCUGUGCCUCAGCAUCUGUGCCAUUGAAAGACUGGUCUAAGUCAGGAUCUUGUGUGCCUUGUGCUCUGAUUUUGUAAGCACAUAGUGCUAUCCCUGGGGUCUAGCAUUAAACGUACUGCUUCUGUGAGCUGAGCUCCUGAGCUGUGUGAACAUCUGGAUCCAAACCCUGAAGAGGGCCAUAAGGACUCUGUGCUGAGUUGGUAGGCCUCAUGCCAGGCUCACAGAGCAGGAGGAAACGGGAGGGUGGUUUAUUAAAUAAUGUUUGCUGAGUCUUUUUCACUGUGGGGGCUUCCCAGCCCAACCACGUCAUCACUUCUGUACCUCAGCUCUCCACACCCGCAGCAACCCUUCCUCCCUGGACAGCAGAGAGUUCAGCUGGUAGUUCUCAUUUUAAUUUUCCUUUUCUUUCAAUAAAGAAACAUGACAGAAGAUCUACCACAGGUACUGGACAGGUUUUGCUUGGUUUUGCCUCACAUAACUUUUGGCACCUUGCAUGAGUUCUGGACCUCUUCUGAAGUCAUUCCACUGUCCCUAAAGUGCCUAAGCCAUGCUGAAGACUCGAGAGCAGGCACUCUCCCCUCCCUUCUGCCCAUCCAUUUCCCUUCCCACUCUGAACUGGCAACAUGGGACACAGACACCUUUGGCUCAUGUGUGGAUGUGAGAAGCAUUUUCUCAGACACUUUCCCCCUUAGCGCUCAAGCAGGUGUUGAAGCACUUAAACGAGACCAAAGAGAAGCAUGGUUUAUUGUUUGGAUUCUGAACAUCUCUUUGUCUUUCCAUGCCAUGGUUUUAUUUGCAUCACUGGUGUGUUCAAUCUCAGGUAAAUGAGGUCUUUUCUUUUUUAAAGUAGUUUUUAUUUACACAGAAAGGUUGGUGGCUAGAUACUGCAGCCGUUUCCCUACACAGCUCCAAGACCUUACUGGUUAGUUAAAAAAAAAAGUCAAAGGGCCUCCACAUUUGGAGGGUAAAUGAUUUACCUUGUGAACUCACAUUUAUCUUUAGAGAAAGCCAUAUGAAAUCAGACUGUAAUAUUAAUUAUGAAUGCUACUCCUGUGUUUAAAAUAAAUAAAUAAAACAAAAUAUAAGAUCAUAUGCUAAAUCACUUUGGAGCUCCUCUGACUAUAUUUCUAGUACCAUACAUUGGCUUAGGUCUUAGAUCCCUCCCAACCCCUCUCUCUUCAAGAAAGACCAUACCAAUGCUGCUGAAUACAUCUUUUUGGCAAGCUUACUGUGCUAGAACAAGCAUUGUUAGAAAUUAGCUGUUGUGACCUCAGCUUAAUGUCUUAUGUAUCUGAAAGCUGUCUGUAUCUGUUCUGAAUAUGUUAUCAAGAUAACUAUUUCUUCAUGUGCUUAGUAAAAUGUUUCAAUACUGUCAUUACAAAAUGGCUUGUUUUCUCUCUCUCUCUCUCACACACACACAGAGCAAAAUUCAACUUAGCCAUGCAUUUUCUAGUAGAAGUGCUCCUCAGCUUUCUUUCAGAUGCAUGCAGUACUCUCCAAGCAGCUAGAAAAUUAUUUGAAGUAGACAUUUUGUGAAUGUGAAUUUCAUUUGUUAUUUGACUGCUACUUUUUCCUGCAUGAUGUGGAUAAAUGGUAUGAUGUUCUUUUCAAAUGGAAUCACAGCCAAUAAAAAACCCCAGUGAUUUCAUAC